UACUAAUACCAGAGUUGGUAUUGCAAAUAGUGGUGCAUCUGGUGGUGCAAGUGGUGGUAUAUCAAGUCGAUUGUCAGGGAAUGGCCCUGGAAUACGUAAUUCUGCCGAACAUCAACUCAAUAUUGGUCUACUGGUUCCUCAUACAAAUUUUGGGCGAAGGGAAUAUCUACGAUCAAUCAAUUCUGCUGUUCAAGGACUGCAGAAAGGGCGUGGUUCAAAGCUCACUUUUCUCAAGGACCAUGAAUUUCAAACUUCCAACAUUCACUUCGAUAUGAUGUCGUUGACUCCUAGUCCAACAGCUAUUCUAAACACUUUAUGCAAGGAGUUUCUGCACGCUAACGUUACAGCUAUCCUUUACAUGAUGAAUUACGAGUCGUACGGUCGGAGUACAGCUUCUGCACAAUAUUUCUUACAACUUGCUGGAUAUCUUGGAAUUCCAGUGAUAUCAUGGAAUGCAGAUAACUCUGGUCUGGAACGUCGUGCUUCACAAUCAGCCCUACAAUUGCAGCUUGCACCUAGUAUAGAACAUCAAAGUGCUGCCAUGCUGAGUAUAUUAGAACGUUAUAAAUGGCAUCAGUUUUCAGUUGUAACGUCACAAAUUGCUGGCCAUGACGAUUUCGUUCAGGCUGUUCGAGAGCAAGUUGCUGCUAUGGACCAUUUCAAAUUUACGAUACUUAAUUCCAUAAUCGUAACUCGUCCAAGUGAUCUCCUAGAGUUGGUCAACAGCGAGGCUCGGGUCAUGUUACUUUACUGCACGAAAAGUGAGGCAAUAGAAAUUCUACACGCUGCAGAAGAACUACAAAUAACAGGUGAAAAUUAUGUGUGGGUAGUCACUCAAAGUGUAAUCGAAAAUACCCAAACACAUCCUCAGUUUCCAGUGGGUAUGCUGGGCGUUCAUUUCGACACAUCGUCUGGGGCCCUGGUUAAUGAAAUAGCGACUGCUAUUCGUGUAUACGCGUACGGUGUGGAAUAUUACUUAAAUGAUGUCAAAAAUACGGGACGCCGGCUGGAUACUCAUCAGCUUUCUUGUGAAGAUCAAGGUCGAGGUCGGUGGGAUAGCGGUGAAGUAUUUUUCAAGUAUCUACGAAACGUCUCGCUAGAAAGUGAAUCAAAUAAACCUAAUAUCGAGUUUACUGCCGACGGCGAUUUAAAGUCUGCAGAGCUGAAAAUCAUGAAUUUACGACCAAGUGUUAACAGUAAAGGACUAGUGUGGGAAGAAAUCGGUGUUUGGAAAUCAUGGCAACAACAAAAACUGGAUAUUCGUGAUAUCGCAUGGCCAGGAAACUCCCAUACACCACCACAAGGUGUUCCUGAAAAAUUUCACCUUAAAAUAACUUUUUUAGAAGAGGCCCCGUACAUCAAUCUUUCUCCAGCCGAUCCGAUCAGUGGUAAAUGCCUGAUGGACCGAGGAGUCCUAUGUAGAGUUGCUGCAGACCAUGAGAUGACCGACAUCGACAUGGGCCAGGCACAUAAGAAUGGAUCUUUCUACCAGUGUUGUAGUGGAUUUUGUAUAGAUCUGUUAGAGAAAUUUGCAGAAGAACUAGGAUUUACCUACGAACUAGUACGCGUUGAAGAUGGCAAAUGGGGUACACUAGAAAAUGGCAAAUGGAACGGUUUGAUACAUGAGCUAGUCAAUCGAAAAACAGAUAUGGUGCUAACUUCAUUAAUGAUAAAUGCUGAACGUGAAGCAGUUGUGGACUUCAGUGAACCUUUUAUGGAAACAGGAAUUGCUAUUGUUGUGGCUAAAAGAACUGGUAUAAUAUCUCCAACGGCUUUUCUAGAGCCUUUUGAUACAGCUUCAUGGAUGCUGGUGGGAAUUUUUGCCAUACAGGCUGCUACUUUCAUGAUAUUCCUAUUCGAGUGGUUGUCACCCAGCGGGUACGAUAUGAAAACAGUUUUACAAAACGGUCAAUCGACUCCUUACCGGUUUUCUUUGUUUCGUACUUAUUGGUUAGUGUGGGCUGUCCUUUUUCAGGCUGCAGUUCAUGUUGAUUCGCCUCGCGGUUUCACUUCACGCUUCAUGACAAAUGUAUGGGCUAUGUUUGCAGUUGUGUUUCUCGCUAUAUAUACCGCAAAUUUAGCUGCUUUCAUGAUUACUCGAGAAGAAUUUCAUGAAUUUACGGGGUUGGAUGACUCCCGCCUGUCACAUCCUUUUUCUCAUAAACCAACAAUAAAGUUUGGUACAAUUCCGUGGAGUCACACUGACUCGACAAUAUCAAAAUAUUUCAAAGAAAUGCAUUACUACAUGAAACAAUACAAUCGAUCAAGUGUAGCUGAUGGUGUUACGGCUGUGCUCAGCGGUCAUCUUGAUGCAUUUAUUUAUGAUGGAACAGUUCUGGAUUAUCUGGUACAGCAAGACGAGGAUUGUAGAUUGCUCACUGUUGGUCAAUGGUAUGCUAUGACCGGCUACGGUUUGGCAUUUAGUCGAAACUCUAAAUAUGUCGGUAUGUUUAACAAAAGACUUUUAGAGUUUCGCGCAAAUGGCGAUCUCGAACGACUGCGCCGCUUUUGGAUGACUGGCACUUGUCGCCCAGGGAAACAAGAACAUAAGUCGUCUGAUCCACUUGCACUCGAGCAGUUUCUGUCUGCAUUUUUAUUACUGAUGGCUGGUAUUUUGCUUGCUGCAUUACUGCUUCUGCUAGAACAUCUUUAUUUUAAGUAUUUUCGAAAACGAUUAGCUAAAAAAGAUCGUGGCGGUUGUUGUGCUUUAAUUUCGCUUAGCAUGGGUAAAUCGCUUACGUUUCGUGGAGCGGUUUAUGAGGCAACGGAAAUACUGCGUCGUCAUAGAUGUAAUGACCCAAUCUGCGAUACACAUCUUUGGAAAGUAAAACAUGAGCUUGACAUGAGCCGUUUACGUAAUCAACAUCUUGAGAAAACGAUGCAUGCGCAUGGUAUUAAACCUCCUCAACUUAAAAUGGGAUCGACGAAUGAUAUAAUUGGCAUAACAGGAUCGGCAAGCACACGAGGUCAAAUUGUUGAUGUGUGCCAACAAUCUCAUUUUUUUGGUAACUUAAGCUUAGGAGAAAGUGCACAAGAUCUUUAUCGUUGGUCUUACAAAACAGAGAUAGCCGAAAUGGAAACGGUUUUGUAA